CGCUUCGUAUCGUGCCACCAUCAAUUUCUCUCUCUCUCUCUCUCUCUUUCUCUCUUCGAAUCUUCUCAAAGGUUGUUUCUCAUUUUCUUCACCCAAGCAAGGCCGCCCCCCCCCCCCCUCUCUCUCUCUCUCUCUCCCCCUGAUUUUGUUAGGGUUAGGGUUUACUUAGGCGCGUCCACUUUGAGGGGCAAAAAUGUUGCACAAAGCCGCAGACUCAACCCCAAAGCUCUCCAAUUUAGCUUCUGAGCAAAGCAUGGUUUGAAUCCACCUCGUCCUGGGUAUUCCCUCUUUCCGUUUGUCUGUGUGUCAUGUUUUAUUGAGUUGAGCCUCAGUCUUCUACUUGAAUCUGUGGUUGUUUGACGUGGGAGUGGUGGUAGUGGCAGUCCUGGUAUGGAUAUGUAUAACGUGUCUGAACAUGGAAAUGCAGAACCAUAUCUGAUUCAAGGUAUCGAGUCAAACCCACAUUUAGCAAGUCCACCUAUUGAGCAGCUUGACACCAUGUAUAACGAAGGAGCCCCUGAGCUUGUUGUUGAACAGGGCUUUUAUUACCCUACUGCCACCAAUUAUGGGUACAUCUGUACAGGAUUUGAAUCACCCGGCGAUUGGAAUGACCACCAUAGGAUUUUUGGUCUGGAUGGUCAAGAAAUUCAUUACACGGGUGUGCAAACUGAUAGUUUGCCAUAUGUAUAUUAUACACCUAGCUAUGGAUAUGCACAGUCUCCAUAUAACCCAUACAACCCUUACAUACCUGGUGCUGUGAUAGCAGUUGAUAGCCCAUUUGUAGGGACACAACAGUAUUACACCAUUCCAUCUUAUGAAAACCCCAUGUCUUCGCCUGCAUACUUCCCCUUGAUUGUCCAAUCUGGCCCUGAGAUCAUCUCAAGCAGUACAACAGAGCCCUUCUUGGAUACUGGUGCUUUUGCUGCAAAUAGAUCCAAUGUCCCAGGCCUGAAAAAUAACCUGCCUUCAGCACCUGCAACUUCUACACUGGUCCAGCCAAAGCCUACUUCAAUUCAGACUCGUUCCUUUUCUAGGAUGUCUGAAGGCCCUAAAGCAAAUUCUGGUCCAAGUAAGCCACCUUCGGCACAUGGAAAUGUUACUUCCAGUAGUUUUUCCAGCCUGGCGUCGCCACAAGUACUACAGGGUAUAGGUGCUCAUGCAGUAGAUAACAUUUCACAUGGAAGGGCUUUGCCUCACCGUAGCCAAGUAAAGAUGCCUCUAUCUUCCAGUAAUGGUUUGUCUAGUUUUGGACCAAGUGCUCAUGGACGGGCUACAGCUGACAAGGUACAGGCCAAGUUCCAGUAUAGCAGGGUUCCAAAUGAUGCAAGUGGAAGCCCAGAUACAUUGAUUGAACAGAAUCGAGGCCCUAGAACAAAUAAAUCAAAAGCUCAUUUCGCGGUUAAACCUUAUUCCACAAGAGCUGGAGAGACUGACGCUCAAGGAAAUAUCAUUAUUUACACCGAUCAGUAUAACAAGGAUGAUUUUCCGUUAAACUAUUCAAAUGCUAAGUUCUUUGUAAUCAAGUCAUACAGCGAAGAUGAUGUCCAUAAGAGUAUUAAAUAUAAUGUUUGGUCAUCCACUCCUAAUGGUAACAAGAAGCUGCAGGCUGCAUAUGAAGAUGCACAGAGAAUGGCAGCUGGAGAACAUAGAGGCUGUCCUGUCUUCCUAUUCUUUUCUGUCAAUGCAAGUGGCCAGUUCUGUGGCGUUGCAGAAAUGACCGGUCCUGUUGACUUUCACAAGGAUAUGGAUUUCUGGCAGCAAGACAAAUGGAGUGGAAGCUUCGCUGUUAAGUGGCACAUUAUAAAAGAUGUACCGAACUCCAUAUUUCGGCACAUCAUUUUAGAGAACAAUGAAAAUAAGCCAGUAACUAACAGCAGAGAUACACAAGAGAUACGGUACAAGCAAGGUAUUGAAAUGCUUAAAAUUUUCAAAAAUUCCGCAGUGAAGACAUCUUUACUUGAUGACUUCAUGUACUAUGAGAACAGACAGAAGGUCAUGCAGGAAGAGAAAGCUAGGUUGCUGAUAAAAAGCUACGGAAAUCCUUUGCUUAUGCCUGCAUUGGAUCCCCCCCGAAAACAAACUUUUCUGGUUGAUAUGCCUUCCACUGGAGAUGAGAGAAAAAUUAACAGGCCUGAUGAUCUUAAUAGCUUGGGAAAGGCUGAUGAUUCUGCAAGUAAGCAGGUUUCUCUAGAUCCUGAUGUCAAUAGCUCAAGGGUUACCAAGGAAAAUGCUAAGCAUACUGCAGAUGAAGCAAAAAGUGAAGAUGUCUCAUCAUUAAAGAUUGGUCUACUUAAUAUCAACGCGAAUCAUCCUGAGCCUAAAUCAUUUGACACUCCCUCUAAUAUCGCUACGGUAGUGGAUGCGAAACCAGUUGAUGUUGUCACAGUUGGUUCGAUGCCUGUUAGAGUUAAUGGUUACACAGAUGCAGAAGCUUCUGGUUGCUUAACAGUUGGGAGUAUCCCCCUUGAUCCUAAAGCGUUACAGAUCGAGGCGGCAGCUAAAAAUGGACCUAAACCUUGAUGACAAUUUGGAGUUUUAUGGCCUAAUUAUUUUGAAGUUAUUUGUGUUGGAGAUGGAAGUAUCAAGCUGAGUAUCCAGCGAGCAGCAGGUCGGUCUUUGCCUUUACCGUGAGUGUACCAUACUCGGUUGUUCAUGUUAUGAUUGUAGGUCAUGCAAUACCCGUUUAGCUUUUACCUUAAUUGUUUCUUUUGUUGUUCUGCACAAGAAGUUGUUUUGUUUAGCAGUUUACUGACAUCUUGGGGAUGGGGAUAAUGGUUGGUUGUGUUGACCCGUUUUAGUGGAAAUACCAUGCCCAUGUGUAAUCCUCUUUUCAUAUCCAUUCAACUUUUUCACCUUUUAGUUAUGAAUUCAAGAUACAGAUAAUCUCAUUUCUAAUUCACUUU